UCAUCAAGUCACUCGUUGUGAAAUGCCAACGUGAUGUACUCACUCAAACGUUCGGUGAUUAAUCACCGUAUCAGAUCGUUAUCUCACCUAAACACAUAACACUGAUGCAGUAGUUUUAUUCUCUCGUCAAAUAUACACAAGCCAUGAUCUGGUCUAAAGUUGUGAUUCCACCGGCUGCUCUGUGUUUCUUGGCCAUUGUACUCACUACCGUUCAAGGAAGGCCGGAUGGUGCCCCCUCAGACGCCUGUGAGACUAUGGACCCCAGCCAUGGGGGUUCACCCCAGACCGGUCCCAUGCCUUACACUCUGCAGCUGAACAGCCACAAGAUCAACAGUGGGGGUAAUGUUCAUUUCACCAUUAGAGCCCAGCCCCCCAACACGUUUGCCGGGUUCAUGGUGCAGGCGAGGAACGAGAAGGGUAGGCCGGUGGGACUGUUCACUCAGAGCGACAAUGUCAAGCCUACGGAGUGUUUUGGUGUUCCCGGUAACACGGCUACACACGUGAACCACCAGCCGAAGACUGAGGUAACCAUGAGCUGGAGUGCGGAUCCAGGAUACGCAGGAGACGUAAUAUUCCACGCUACGGUCGCCAAGUCAAUGAAAGAAUAUUGGGUGAGGCAGAGGGCAAGACCUCUAGCAGUCGUCAGGACAUAGACCUUCAUGUUGUAUUGUUCUGUCCGAUAUCCAAGGUCAACACAUUCACUGGAGCUUGUCAAAAUAACAUAGACCAUUAAACUUGAGUUUAUCAUUACAAAAUAGUUGAAUAUGUUAUGAAACAAUAUUGCUAACAAUAUUCCACCCACUUCUGUGUUGCAGCGCUACGGUCGCCAAGUCAAUGAAAGAAUAUUGGGUGAGGCAGAGGGCAAGACCUCUAGCAGUCGUCAGGACAUAGACCUUCAUGUUGUCUUGUUCUGUCCGAUAUCCAAGGUCAACACAUUCACUGGAGCUUGUCAAAAUAACAUAGACCAUUAAACUUGAGUUUAUCAUUACAAAA